GAAACGGAGGCGCUUAAAUAGCUCGUGCUCUCCCGCAUUGGAACCCAGUGCAGAAGCGCCGCGCGCGGAGGUUUCAGUUCUCAGCCAGGAGCAGAGUUCCCGUUGCGGGGCUCCGGUGCGGGGCUGAAGUUUAUUUUUUAUGCACGUUCUGAAAGAAGAAGAAAACCAGGAAGCGACAAAACAAUCCUAAAUGAACCAAUGGACGUGUUCAGGAGAAUGCUCGUGCUGUGUGUGACCUGUUCCCUCGGACCGAUGUUAUCAGUCCAGAUGUGCGACAUCAGGAUAGACCUGGAGAUGGAGAGAGAUGAGUGCUUGGCCCAGUUGCAAAAUGUCACAUCAGGCUGCAGCGGCGAGUGGGACUUUGCGUGUUGGCCGUCGGCGUCUGUCGGACAGCUGGUCACCAUCCCCUGCCCCAAAUACUUUACUCAUGUCAGUGACUGGGAAGGUAAUAUAUCAAGGUUAUGUACAGAGGACGGAUGGAUGGACAUCGACCCCGCUGUGAGUGCUGAGAACUGCGGCUACAGCCUCAAUGUCACCGAGGUGGACAUGGAUUUCCCUCACUUCCUGCGCUCGGUGAGGAUCGGAUACACCAUCGGCCACGCCGUAUCUCUCACGUCCCUCGUCUUCGCCAUCUUCAUUUUGUGCUUUUUCAGGAAACUCCACUGUACGAGGAACUACAUCCACAUUCACCUCUUCCUGUCGUUCAUCCUGAAGGCCAUCGCGGUGAUAAUGAAGGAUGUGGCGCUCUAUGAGAUGGAUCCAGAUGAGUGCAAUUCUGGUUCUGUAGGAUGCAAGGCUGCGAUGGUGUUCUUCCAGUACGGCAUCAUGGCCAGCUUCUUUUGGCUGCUUGUGGAGGGCCUCUACUUACACGCACUCCUCGCCGUCUCCUUCUUUUCCCACAAGAAGUAUUUCUGGUGGUACAUCCUGAUUGGCUGGGGAGUCCCAGCUCUCUUCAUCACCAUAUGGAGCAUUACUAAAGUCUACUUGCAUGAUGUCGGAUGUUGGGAUUUCAUUGACGACCAUCUGUGGUGGAUCAUAAAAACCCCCAUUUUGCUAACAAUCCUGUUGAAUUUCAUCCUCUUCAUAUGCAUCAUCCGGAUCCUCCGCCAGAAAAUCAACUGCAGGGACAUCGGCAGAAGCGAAUCGAACCAGUACUCGAGGUUGGCGAAAUCGACUUUGCUUUUGAUCCCUCUGUUUGGAAUAAACUACAUCAUCUUUGCCUUCAUGCCUCAUCACGUACGGUCUUACAUGCGGCUGGUGGUUGACCUUAUCUUGGGCUCUUUUCAGGGCUUCUGUGUUGCCAUCCUGUACUGUUUCCUAAACGGCGAGGUGCAGUCUGAAAUCAAGCGGAAGUGGCGACGGUGGCACAUGCAGAGGUUUCUGGGCACCAACACAAAAUACCACCAGCCUUCUCUGGCCAGCAACGGCAGCACCUCCAACACCCAGAUCACCAUGCUGACCAAGUGCAGCCCCACCACGCACCGUAUCUCAGGCUGCAUGGACGACUUCUCCACCAUUUGAGAUGACGGAACGGCCUAAUAUCCAACAAUCCAGACCUCUCCCACACUCCUGGGUCGAGCUCAAUCCUGAACUGGUCAUCAUCACAACGUGAACGGCAUAGCAAUGGAAUGCUGUGGAGUUUAGAUGCUCGGUGUUAAAUAGACAUGUGGUCUGGUGUGUCCCUGAUGUGAAUGCUGAUGUUCUUAGUCAUUCAAGUAGCUAGCCCUAGCGAAGGAGACUGGGGUAAAAGGACAGGUUUUCCCAUUUAUGGUUUCGGGACAUGUCAUAAUCAGGAACCUUUCUGACAUGCAAAUAUUUUAAUCAUUAUAUCCAGCCUGAGAGCGAAGAACAGAGACAGAAGACUGCACUCUGUGAAGUACUUGAGUAUGAAGAAUAGCCUGUCCAAAUCCUGAAUCAUCCCCAACUCUUUCAUCGACACACAUACACACACACACACACACACACACACACACACACACACACUCUCACACAUCUCAGGUUCGGAUCAGUGAUGCGAGGGCUGACAUUUAGUGCGGUCGUCUCCCUUCAUCUGGACCUCAUUAACCGGCUCUAGUUGGAUUAAUUGUCACUUUUCAAACCUUUAAUUACCAUAAGGUGACCUCAGAGGUGUGUAUUAGGCCUGUUUCUGUUUCUUUCUUUAUUUCUAUUUCUUUCAUUAUUACCUGGAUGCGACCAGCACGAGCAGUCUGUCUUCUUUUGCUAUCGGUUUGUGAUGCUAUCCUUCCUUUUUUUUUUUUUUCUUUUCAUUUUAAUUGCCGACCUCGGGUCUGUUCCACUGACAGUCAUAAAGAAUGUUUCAUUUGAAUUCCAGUGUAUUAUCACGUAUGUACAGGUAUAUAUGUAUAUAUCCGGGGUGUUUUGUGCCUGUAUUGUUAUUUUAUAGAUCUCUCUGUAAAUGUCGGUGUUGUCAUUUUGUAAGAUUCGUAUUGUAUAUGAAGUGUAUUAUUGCGCUAUAUUAGUUCAUACAGUUCAGAAUACUCGUAUUUUUUUAAAUAUUUCUAAACGUAGUUUCUAAUUUUGGGAAAAGAGUGUCUGUGACUGAUCAGAAUCAUAUUUUCUGUGGAUCGCUAUAAUUCUCGUGACCGUUUACAUGCAUGCUCCUGAUACAUGCGUAAAAGAGAACACCUGUUUAUAUGGACAUGAUGUUGUGCGGAGAUCGGUCAAUUAAAAUUGUUUUGCAGAUAUCUCUCA